AUGUCUUCUAGCAAGGGCCAGUUCGAGCAGGGCUUCCAGCCCGAUGUUCAGCAUCAGAAGGCCCCCGGUCUCGAGUCCAAACUCGACCCUCUCCCCAAGGUCGAUGAGCUUCCCACACCCGAGGGAGGUGCUGAGAAGUACAAGGCUGCUGGCAAGCUCAAGGGCAAGCGCGCCAUCAUCACCGGUGGAGACUCCGGUAUUGGUCGCUCGAUCGCUGUUCUCUUCGCCAUGGAGGGCGCCGACAGCUUCAUCGCCUACCUCCCCGAAGAGGAGCAGGACGCACAAGAUACCAAGAAGAUGGUUGAGGAGAAGGGACAGAAGUGCUAUACUCUUGCAAUCAAUCUGAAAGAGAAGGCGAACUGCCAGAAGGUCAUCGAUGAGGCCGUCAAGCAGAUGGGUGGCAUUGACAUCCUGAUCAACAACCACGCUUACCAGAUGAUGGUAAACGACAUCAGCGACCUGUCCGAGGAGCAAUGGCUGCACACAUUCGACACCAACAUCCACCCCUUCUUCUACCUUUCGAAAUACGCCCUACCACACAUGAAGCGCGGCGCAACUAUCAUCAACAACGCCUCCAUCAACGCCUACGUCGGUCGUCCAGAUCUUCUCGACUACACCUCAACCAAGGGCGCCAUUGUUGCUUUCACCCGAGGUCUAUCAAACCAGUACGUCGGACGGGGUAUCCGCGUAAACGCUGUCGCCCCUGGUCCCGUCUGGACUCCUCUCAUCCCUGCCACCAUGAACGACGAUGCCAUCAAGCAGUUCACCGCUCCUAUUGGCAGGCCGUCGCAACCUAGCGAGAUUGCUACUUGCUUCGUCUUCCUGGCUAGCAACGACAGCAGCUCUAUUAGCGGUCAGACUAUCCACGCCAACGGCGGUACUGUCGUCAACGGUUAA